AUGAUUGAGAGCGACAGAGAGCUGUCGGCCAUGGUGCAGGAGCUGUGGGACAACGAUGUCAACAGACUCCGACCAGGAAAAGACUACAGGAUCUCCCUGCAGGGCAAAGCUGGAGACAGCAUGGCCAUCAGCGACAACAACGACGGAGCAGGAUAUCCUCUGUUCACAUUUGUUGACGAGAACAUUUUUAAAAAGGAGACCUUUCUGGCCUUUAUUUCCCUGCUGGACAACUACGUGAGCGACACUGGCGAGCCAGAAAUUGUAACUCCUGAGGAGGUGGCAGAAAACCACAAGUUCCUGGACUCCAUCAUUCAGACUCCCACCAUGAAGAUAGCCCAUAAAUACCUGGUGGAGAAGCACCUCUCUCCUGCGGAUACGACAAAAUUCAAGGAGCAGCUGUACAGGAUCUGGUUUGAACUGUAUGCAAGGAGGGGAUCCAGCAGGCCAGACUCCUCGGGGUUUGAACACGUGUUUGUUGGAGAGACGAGAGGAGGACGGACUGUGAUUGGUUUUCACAACUGGAUCCAGCUCUACCUGCAGGAGAAGCUGGGACACAUAGAUUACAAAGGCUACAGCGUCACUGCAAAUUCACCCCAGCCUGACGAGAACAAACACAUCCUGGCCCUACAGUUCAGCUGGAAGAACGGUAUAAAGCCCAAGGGCAGCAUCUUCAUCGGCGUCAGUCCCGAGUUCGAGUUCGCCCUCUACACCCUCUGUUUCCUCACCUCGCCCAAUGAGCGCGUCAAAGUCCAGUUCAGUUUCUACGAUGUGGAGAUCGUUUGCCACCACUACAACCAAAAGCACAUAGGCACCACCUACCCUGUGCUCCUCAAGUACCAGAACCUUUAGUAACCUGACCUGGAAAUCAAUUUGCAAUACACAAAAAUGUCAUAGGUAUUGUUGUUGCCUUUUUAUUUUAGAUAAAGAUUCAA